AUGCGUCGACGCUCCUCGCUCACCCCCACCGGCGGCAGCAGCAGCCAGUCGAGCGGCGGGGCGCGGAAACAGUCGCUGGUGGAGGCGGCCGAAGCCCACUUCGACAAGAACACCAUCAUCCUGGUGGUGAACGUCGUGAUCCUACUGAUUCUGAUCGCCAUCCUCUACCUGAUCGCCACCUCCACCAUGAACGCCGCCGUCAGCCCCUACACUGGCCACGAGCACUACUACAAAACGGACAAAGCCGAUGCGCACAGCGAGAAUUGA